UUGAGACACUCAUUCUCAAAACGAAGUGUGGUCAAACCCAUCGAGUCCUCUUCAUUGGAACCACGGGCGACACCCCUCCAAACCUACCUCCCCAGGACCCUCGUCCUUCUGGGUCCCAACCAGACAUCUCCUUCACUUCUCCCCGUCAGUUUGCUCACUUCAUCCGAUAGGAGGACGUCACGCUCUACUCAGUGAACGUCAUGGAUCUUCUUCGCUACGAUCCACUCUGUCCCGAGGUUGAGCUCAUCUCACUGGAGCCCGAUCCCCCUGACCCUUCCUCCAUCUUCGCGGCUCCCAUCUCUACAUCCACCCCGCAGCCUGCGGAUACCCCCUCGACAUCCCAGGUUCCUACGCCGUCCACUGCCGAGUCCACCCAUAUGUCUCGUGCCGACGCAGACGUUGAGGAACUCAUGCGGUUCACGGCUGACUUAGAGCCCGUCAUUCGCGACCUGAUUCGGGAGUACCGCGACGUCUUCCCCCCGUAUUUGUCAUACAGCGGGAUUCCCCCAAUGCGCGGUGUCGAGCAUUCCAUCCAGCUCGUGCCUGACUAUCGUGUUCACCAUCAGGCACCAUACCGACUCUCGAUUCCAGAGGCGACGGAACUCAAGCGUCAGCUUGAGGAGCUCCUUCGACUUGGUUUCAUUAAACCUAGUAACUCCCCUUGGGGUGCACCUGUCCUCUUUGCUCGCAAAGCAGACGGAACUCUCUGCCUCUGCAUCGAUUAUCGCGGCCUUAACCGUUACACGGUUAAGAACAGUUAUCCCAUGCCUCGCGCAGAUGAGCUGUUUGACCGUCUAGCAGGCAACCGCUUCUUCACGAAGAUCGAUCUUCGUAGCGGUUACCACCAGAUCCGCGUUGCCGCAGAGGACCAGCCGAAGACCGCAUUUCGGUCGCGCUUCGGCCACUACGAGUUCACGGUGAUGCCAUUCGGCCUCACCAAUGCACCCGCCACCUUCCAUACGAUGAUGAACGACAUCUUCAGGGACAUCCUUGAAGAAUACGUUCUCGUAUACCUGGACGACAUCCUAGUCUACAGUCGUACCUUAGAAUACCAUAUCGAAGACCUCCGCGAUGUCCUACAGCGCUUACGCAAGCAUGGCUUCUAUGUCAAGCUCAGUAAGUGCCGCUUUGCCCAGCGCAAAGUGGACUUCCUAGGACACCAUGUGUCUGACCAGGGUCUCCACAUGGACGACGCGAAGAUCACUGCUAUUGCAGAGUGGCCCGUCCCCACAUCUGCCAAGCAGCUUCGCAAUUGGAAUACGUGCGUGUCGAGUCUGCGUUGGAGUUGCGCUGUCCCUUCCAGCUCCAUCUUCAUCUCCCCCAUCCUCAUCCCUUCGUCUUGAUCCUGACGGACCGCCAUCCCGGCGGGUCCGUCACAUUCGCUGGGCAAGCGCUCACCCACUCCCGAAAGUUGAUUCAGUGCGCAGGUCCUCCACCCAACCGCACACAAGAGACCACCACUCAUCGCCUGACACCAAUGUUUGACCGCAGCCAGCAUCAGCCCUCCGCGCAAUCAAAUGCAGACCGUCCGCCCCCCCCUGUUAUCCGUGCUGAAAUGGCCACAGCCAGAGAUCAUGCCAGCCGCAGUAAACAAUGUGAACGUUA